AUGUCGGGCCACCUCGAUCGCCUCGCGCGGCCAUGUUUUGAGGGGUGCUCAAGCCACGAUGAACGUAGAGACCAUAAGUCAGACUUUGAAGUCUCUGAAGAUGAAAAGAAGACCAGAAUGGGCUCUUUGAAGAAAAAGGCAAUAGAUGCGUCAACUAAGAUUAGACAUUCAUUAAAAAAGAACAGGAGGAAGAGUGGUAGUCGGGUUCUUUCUGUGUCUAUUGAAGAUGUGCGUGAUCUAGAGGAGCUGCAAGCUGUUGAGGCAUUUAGACAAGCACUACUCUUGGAUGAGCUGUUGCCUGCAAGACAUGAUGACUACCAUAUGAUGCUGAGAUUUUUGAAAGCAAGGAAAUUUGAUAUCGACAAAGCAAAGCAAAUGUGGAUUGAUAUGCUUCAGUGGCGGAGGGAGUAUGGCACUGAUACGAUUGUUGAGGACUUCGAAUACACUGAGUUGGACACUGUUUUGCAAUAUUAUCCUCAUGGUUAUCAUGGAGUUGACAAAGAGGGGAGACCCGUUUAUAUUGAAAGGCUUGGAAAGGUUGACCCUAGCAAACUUAUGAAUGUCACAACGAUGGAUCGAUAUGUGCGAUACCAUGUGAAGGAGUUUGAGAGGAGCUUCUUGAUUAAAUUUCCAGCUUGCUCUCUUGCUGCAAAAAGGCACAUUGAUUCCAGCACGACAAUUCUGGAUGUCCAUGGCGUGGGGUUGAAAAAUUUCAGUAAAACUGCACGCGAACUAAUUCAGCGACUGCAGAAAAUUGACAAUGAUAACUACCCAGAGACUCUAUACCAAAUGUUUAUUGUCAAUGCUGGUCCGGGCUUCCGGCUACUAUGGAACACUGUGAAGUCCUUCCUUGAUCCCAAAACUACCGCCAAGAUACAUGUUCUUGGGAACAAAUACCAAAGUAAGCUGCUUGAAAUAAUUGACGCUAGUGAAUUGCCGGAAUUCCUUGGUGGCACUUGUACAUGUCCUGAAUAUGGAGGCUGCCUUAAGGCUGAAAAGGGACCAUGGAAGGACCCAAACAUACUUAAGAUAGUCCAAAGUGGUGAGGUUCAAUGUGCUCGUCAAAUUGUAACUAUUUCCAACGGCGAGGAAAAAUUUAUUACUUAUGCCAAACCGAAGCACCACGCAAUGCGAGGGAGCGACACAUCAACUGCUGAGUCUGGCUCAGAAGCUGACGAUGCUAUCUCCCCCAAAGCUCUCAGAAGUUACAUGCCACAUCCUAAGUUGACCCCAGUUCGUGAAGAGGUCAAAAUGAUCAGGGCUACGAGCUUUUCUACUCGUCUCCCUGAAUAUGAUGUACCUGUUGUUGACAAGGCUGUGGAUGCUACAUGGAAGAGAGAGCAACCACGAAAGAUACCAUUCGUGCCCCAAGAUGCAGACUCUUCUGUGAAAACUGCGUCCAAACCAUCUGAUGGCUCCUGGGAUAAGAUCGCUGCAACUCUGAUGGCUUGUCUUAUGGCUAUUGUAAUGUUGGUUCGAGCAGUCAAAGAUCUUGCCACAAGGAGAUUGCCAUAUAAAGGUGGGUCAGAAGAAAGCUACUCUUCAUUGUACCCAGACUCCAUCCAGAAAGAGGAAUUCCGUCCUCCUUCGCCGAUCCCUGGAUUCGCUGAAGCCGACCUAUUCGCCGCGGUCUUGCAAAGGCUGGGAGAGCUUGAAGAGAAGGUUCAGAUGCUUCAAGAAAAGCCUUCUGAAAUGCCUUGCGAGAAAGAAGAGUUGCUUAACGCUGCCGUGCGUCGUGUGGAUGCAUUGGAAGCCGAACUAAUUGUAACGAAGAAGGCUUUGCACGAGGCUCUUAUCAGGCAAGAGGAACUGCUUGCGUACAUCGACAGCAAGGAGAUUGCCAAGGCUCAGAGAAAGAAGAAAACAAUGUUUUGCUACUAG